GCAAGAAGAGUGAAACAUUGCUUACAGAUAUGUUUGUGCGUGUGUGCGGUGCAAGCUGCAACAUUUGUUAGAGCUAUAAAAGGAUAAAAGGGCACCCUUAGGAGCAGAUGAAAAAGUGGACUUCCUGGGAAUGAUUCUUCAUCAGAACCCUAGCUGUGGUUGGAAAACAUAUGGCUUUGUCUGAUUAUUGCUUGGUUUUCUUGUGGACUACCGAUCUUCUAUGUUAACUGAAAGGAUCUACAGAUUAUGUGAUCAACCCAGCAAUUCAUAGCUUGUUUUUUUUUAAUACUAAUAUGGCUCUGGAAGAUAUUUGUUGCUUCAAAGACAAGCCUGCGCAGCAACUGUUUCCUUUUCCAGCUUUGGAGACAGAUUACCACAACCUUGAGUUGGAAAGACUGAAGACAUCUCAGACAAACUGUGGGGAUCCACAGCACAUUUUCAUGCCACCUUUCCCACAAGCCACCCCAUUCAUCAGCAGACGCACGUCUCGUUUCGGACCGCCAAACCAUGUGCUGACCGUGCAAAGGCCUUUCUCUCUGUCUCAUGGAACAACAACCUUGGGUUUUAUUUUCCAAGGUGGUGUAAUUGCAGCAGCAGACACACGUGCCAGUGCGGGUGGCCUUGUUGCAUGUCCGGCUGUACACAAGAUCACCCCUAUUCACUCCCAUUUAGUGGUCACCUCCUCAGGCAGCGGUGCAGACUGCAUGCUUUGGGAGCGCAUCCUGAUCAGAGAGAUCAGACUGUAUGAGCUGCGGCAUAAGCGUCGACUUUCCAUAAGAGCUUCUGCCAAGCUUCUUUCCUGUAUGUUGCAUCCAUUUAAAGGGACUGAUGUGUGUGUGGCACUCACUCUGUGUGGUUGGGAAAAGGAAGAAGGGAGCACUGGGCUGGUUCACAGCUUUGGCAACCAAUCUUUUGUGACUGAUGUAAGCUCUUCAGGCAGUGUCGGCAACACUUCAGCAGCAGAUCCGCUAUCCCCAACCAGUGGCCCACGGGUUAUCUACGUGUGCAGCGAUGGCGCCCGACUGCAAGGAGAUAUCAUCUCUGUUGGAUCAGGGUCUCCUUAUGCUUAUGGAGUCCUGGAUGGGGGUCUGAGUUGGAGUUUGAGUAAAGAAGAAGCCAUCUCCUUGGCAAGAGAAGCCGUUUUCAGAGCCACUCACAGGGAUGCCUACUCUGGAAACAAUGUGGAUCUUUUUCACAUCGAUGCCCAGGGCUGGAUCCAAAGACCAAGGGAGGACCUGAAAGAAGAAUAUUACAGAGAGUUGGAGAGGAGGUCCAAACACAGAAGAGAAACGAAAAAGAGAGAUACAAUAGAAAGCAGUUAGAGCAAACAAGGGAACUGUGUUGGGCUUUGGAGAUAAAAAUUAUGCACCUAGGCUGAUCAAAAAGUAGUUAUAAGUUGUGGUAAACCUCUUCUAGUUUUUAAGGGUACUUUAUGAAACUUAUAAUGUUUAUCCAACCUUUAAGGAAUAUUCCCUAAAGUUAAAUUCCCUAAAUGUUACAUCAGGAAAAUGGUAGCUAACAUUCAAGGAAUCUUUGAACCCAUUGUAAGGGUAUUCUAGAGGUAACAUAAUCAAAGUUGUAGAUAAACUUCAAUGAACCUCUAUAGAAUGUUACCGAUUUUCUAGAAAGAGUUCAAAACAACUUUUAUUUACCUUUUGGGGAUUGUCCUCUGAACAUUGUUGGAACAUUGUGAAAGUUGCAUGUAUUGUUCAAAGACUCUUUAUGAAAUUUCCCUGAAAGUUCUUUAAAGGGUACAUAACUAAAAUACUAUUCAAUCUUCUGGAUAACAUUGUAAAUUAAACAUAUUUUUCUUUGAACUUGUAGAGAACAUGUCAAUUCCUAAAUGUCACACUAUUAAUGGAGAGAAUCUCCUGGUAACCUGCUCUCCAUGUUAUCUGAAGAAUAGAAAAUAUAUAACCUUCUGAGGAUGUUCCUCCAAGUAAACUUCAGGGAAUGUUCAAAAAUAAUAACCAAAAGUUCAAACCGUUUUGGAAAUCUUCCCUCAAGUUCUGGCAAGGUUGGUGUUUUUUUGGGCACGUCCUUCAACAAGCCAUUAAAUUAUUUGGAAGUUAGUCUACACAAAAUAAGGUUCGAAAGCCUCGCUUUGUUUUUCUUUGUUUGGCCAUGACAUAUUUUUGACUUUUUCAGUCAUUCACCACACAGGGGCGCUGUG